UUCACACUGGUACUUUCCCCCGUCGUGUUAACCAGGCUCGCCCAGCAUCACCGCCUUCUUCUUUCUAUUUCCUCUUGUCUUUUCUCUUCCUCUAUUAUUGUUUUCCUCCCUUUUUGUUUUCUUUUUUUUUCGUUUUAUCAGCAUCACCCGAACUCUGUAAGCAGCCACUUCUCUUUCCGGUAAUUGCAAUUUUUAUUUUUAUUUUUCCAUCGACCAGAUGGUCCGCCGGUAGUCAACCGUGGUGUCGCAUCAUCCUACCAGGAAAGGGGGUAAAAGAAAAAAAAAAACAUCCACGACGACUGGGAGGCAGUGUCACACCAACCCCAUCCGUACCGACGCCUUUCUGGUUGUGAUUUUUACCCACGCAGCCAGUGCUUUGACCUUUUCCAUGUCUGCCUGUUUCUGUGUGGAAGGAUCCCGCAGCUCGCUCAGCCUUUUUCCUCCGCCUCUCUAGCAUCUUCAGGAGGCGGCAAACAGGGGCUGGGCUGCUCCAUGCUCUGCUGCAUUGGUUUCCUGCAGACCGUGGCCUUAACCACCUGCGCCUCCCCGCGGUUCUCCGCCGGUGUCGGCCUCCGCGCCCUCUGAGCUCGUUCGUUCCUCUGCCUCCAUUCUCCUCGCCGUCCCCCGCCAUCGCGUCCAGCUGUGGCCCUCACAGGGCGCGCUCGCUGGCUCUCACCUGACAGGUCCCUGGCCUCAGGACGACAGCCAGCAACAGCACGUUCCCUACAUGAGGGACAAAGCGACGCAGACCCCCAGGGCCUGGGCAGAUGAGAGGAGGAGGGGCUCUCACAAACGCUCGGCCUCCUGUGGGAGCACCGACCAACUGAAGGAGAUUGCCAAAUUGCGCCAGCAGCUUCAGCGGAGCAAGCGCAGCAGCCGCCAUCGGAGGGACAAGGACCGCAAAUCCCCGUUCAAUGGCAGCCAUGCCAUCAUUCAGUCACAGUCGCCCAUGCCCAAGACCAUCCUCAUACCCAUUCCUAUAUCCAAAUCCUCGGCUCCUCGCUUCCGCAACAGCGUGGAGGGCCUGAACCAGGAAAUCGAGCGCAUCAUCAUCCGAGACACCCCGGAGAAGGACGAGGCCAUCGUUCCGCAGGAUGUCCCUGACGGCCAUCGCGCGCCGCCACCGGUUCCCGCUCAGCGCAGCAGCAGCACCCGCAGCAUCGACACACAGACGCCAUCGGGGGGUGGCCUUAGCGGCAACUGCAGCAGUCGUCCCGACUCCAUCUCCCCCUCCUACCUCAGCGUCCUCAAUGACACGGCUGGGGGCAGCCCCUACGAUGAGAAAGAGCUAAGUCCAUGCUCCCCACUGCCCAAGUACGCCGCCUCUCCCAGACCCAACAACAGUUACAUGUUCAAGAGAGAACCACCAGAGGGCUGUGAGAAGGUCAGAGUAUCUGAAGAGAGCAUGCCCAAACCUCUGGAGGAGAUCCCUCCCUUCCUGUGUCCCGACCGCAACAAGGUCAACUUCAUCCCCAACAGCGGUUCUGCCUUCUGCCUCGUCAGCAUCCUCAAGCCCCUGCUUCCCGCCCCGGACCUCAACUUUCGCCCAGGGGUGGGCCUCCGGAGCCUGUCCCCGUCCCUGGUGCCUCUCUCCACCCAGCCCUGUCUCCUGGAGGAGCCGGAGAGCUUUUGACUGCCCCGUUGGCCUCAAAGUCAACAACCCUCUUUCCCUUUCCUAUCAGCCGAAUCAGAAAACACUAUGGAAUCAACCGUUUUGCUCCUAAAACAACAACAAAAAAAAGCCUUUAGCAUGCCAGCUAAGCUCUCUCUGAUGUCCUUCUUUUGUUAAAAAGCUCUUCCCACUGCCUCCUCCUCUGAUGUGAGACUCCUGCCUUCCAGGGCAGGCGUUUGUAGCUCACCUUUCACCGCUUUCUUCUACCUUCAGCACUGGUUCCAUUCCUGUUCUUCUCGGAGAAAACAGGGGGGGAAAAAGACAGACAUUUCUUUUGAUUUCAUCGUAUUAUACCAUGGCGCCUUUCCACAGACAUAUCUGUUUUUCUAUCUACGGUUGUUUGUCUUGAUAUAAAUUAUGCCUUCCAUUAUGAAAAAAAAAAAAAAGAAAGAAAAAGGCCGCUGGUUUUCUCAUAGACCGCCAGAUCGACCGCAGAGGUCAACUUUGGUGCUGCCAGAUGAAUCGUAGCAUACCUUGAAGGGAUGUGAGAAGUUCAAAAAUGUGCCUGACGUUUUCGACCGCAGUUUCCCUGAACCGUCAUAAUGCUGUGAACGUAAUUAUGAUCAUCGCACUAUGAAGGCUGUAGAUACAAGCAGCAAAGAAGAAAAAGUGCAAACAGCGUAUCCUUAAAAUACCUGCAGACCAAAUCCUGGGAUCCGUUUGCUACUUUUUUCUUUUUUUUAAUCAGCCCUUUGCUGGGCACCUUUGGGAAACACAGGCCAGGGCUAUGAUGUUCGACGCAUGUUCAACCCGUGUCUGCUUGCCCCUCCCCAUACCCGACCUCCCUUCAGCGCCAACCUUUGCUCACCCUCGCCCAUCUUUUCUCCGUUUUGCGAGCUCCUCCUCUUCCAUGAGGUCCUCCCGUCUUGGUCGGCUUGUAUUGCUUUUGAAUGCAUCUACUUGCAGGGUUUUUCUCACGGAGAGGCUGGUCAACUCAAGGUCCCAUGCAGCCGCAGACCAUCGCAGCAAUCUGGGUUGCAGAAAAUAGACAAUUUUAAACUAUUUGUAUAGCCAGCAAAGAAUCAAAUGAAACUGUGUACUGUUAAUGUUUAAAAUAAACUACAUUUAGUAAGGUUAGGCUUCUUUAUAUUUAGUCUCUUUGACUUAACCUAGAACUGGUGUGGCCCAUAUAAACAUACAGAAUAUAGAAGGUAAAGAAUUACAUUGUACAGGAAUUUCAGAUUGAGCUGUUUCGGUAAUGCUAACCAUACUGACAACAUAAGAUUCCAAAAAGGCUUAAAUAUCUCAACUACAUCAGAAUUUUCUGCUUCAAAAUCUUAUAAGUAAUGUUUUACUGCAACUACUGUCUGAAACUUAAAUAGCUAACGACCGUUAUUGGUCAAUUUUGAGGGAAACAACUGGCUCAAGUCAAUAUCAGCAAAUCAAAAACUGGGUGGUAAGAAAAUAUUAAGUCUAAACCGAUGGCCUAAUUUGUCUGACCGCUGCAUUGUUAUAGUUUUUCUAAAGAACAAACACGCAAAAAGCUUACCUUUCCAGGCAUUAAGUGAUGACUGUAGCUCGCUCAGUGACAGCCUCUCCGUGUCAGAACCCACCCUCCUGUAUUUUUGUAGAUGUCACGAUUAAUUAACGGUGCCUGCUACAGUGGGACAGGAAUGUACUGGACUUGUAAAUACAGAGGCACUGUGUUUGUAUUACUGGCUGACAGAGAUAUGUAAUCGGACGAGGCAACAAGUGGAACGUACGACUUCUCAUCUUGAGUACUGUGAAUUACAACUUGACUCAUUAUUGUGAAUGAUGAUGUAUUUAUUUCUCAGACAGGAGAGGAUUUGGGUCUUCGGAGAUUUCUAAACAAGAACCGACAUCUCAGGUCGUAGAGAGUAGGAUACAAAGAUAUAUGCUGACAUAAAUAAACAGAGCAAAACAACGACUGCUUUCUAUGUAGCCUCACACGGUGGAAAUCCCGACUGACUUUAAUUUGUAGCAGAGUAGAUGUAGAAAAGUGUGGAUGUUAUGUGUUCAGCGACCCGACUUGGAGCAACGGCUGGUUGCGACAAAAAAAAAAACAAA